UGUCAUGAGGCAUGGAGUUUUAGGUGAACCGAAACCUACAACUAAUACUUACUUUACUUACAAUCAGGUCAACUGACUCGACUCGGCGUUGUUCAGAACCAGCGGGGAUUGACUCCAAACGAACCGUAGAGUCUUGUUGCCGAGCAGGGGAAGCGAGUGUGUUUAUCGCGACGUUUGCACGAGCAGGACUGGAAUGCCCAUGCAGCCCUUUGCACAAGGUACCACACACUCCGACAGACCGUGAUCAAAGCAGUCGACGGGAUCGUCCACCUACCCGCCGGACAGGAUGAGAACAUAUUCGUUAGUCCGGCGACUCUGUAUACUCGUCACGAGUGUAGCGCUCGCCUGUGCCUGGGGCAGUCAUGCAAAGACGAUCAGCGGAAACGCUACACUGGGCUCCAUUCCGUCACUGGACGUAGCGAAAUGCUCCGGCAUUGAACCUUACGCUGACAUGGGAAUCUUGAUAGUGGGCAGCACGGGUAUGACGUACUUGUUCAACACCACACAGCUUUUCAGAACCUACACGCUCACAAUCACCGAUUCCUGGACAGCAGCUACCAGUCUAACGUUGAUGUGCAGAAUUCCACGCCUCCUGUCCCCGGGUCAACACCCGGAUGCCUGCAUUGCCCCCACUGUUUCGAGUUGUAGAAUACCGCAGCAUUUUGGACCAACACUGAACUGCAAAUAUUCCGAGGUGGCGGUAACUGUGCAGAAGAAGGACCUCGGUCACAGCAUCUGCUUUGUUGUUAAAGAGGCUUCAAGUUUCGAUGAUCCAGUGAAAAAGAUUUGCAUCAGAUUGGUGGACGGCACACCGGUGGUUCAGACUACACCAUCGCCUACGCCCUCGCCAUCUCCAACAGCACCACCGACUACUACGCCGACCAUCGUCACUAUACCACCGACUACAACUCCGAGGAUUGACACCACACAGCCAACCACUACAGAGCCGACCACCGCUGCGAGCAUUGCCAGCACAGAGCAGAUCACCACACAACUGACCACCACACCGCUGACUACUAUUUUGAAUACAAUUACAAGUAUCAUUGUCACUACACCAUCAACCACCAUUCUGAGUAUUUCCACAACAGAGCCAGUUACAACAGCUGUGCGAAAAGGAGAAAAACACGAUCCUUAUGGAUCCGCAGAGCAGGCCGAUGCCGUGUCAUCGUCAAGCGAAUUUCAGUACAAAUUUUACUUCAGACUGUCCACGUUAGUUCUGGCUUUGGCAAUCAUUCUCACUCUGGCAUGCCAGACACGGCGGCAGCCUCAGCCAACGGGGCUCCCGUGCCAUGAGUACGUAGAGAUGCAGUAACCAUGGUGACAACAAUAGCAGCAGCAGCAGCAAGAGCAAGAGCAGCAGCAACAGUAGCAGAAGGACAAGCAACCUCACCAUCCGGACAAGCAACUUCACCACCCGGACAAGCAACUUCACCAUCCGGACAAGCAGCAGGACAAGCAACCUCACCAUCCGGACAAGCAGCAGGACAAGCAACUUCACCACCCGGACAAGCAGCAGGACAAGCAACUUUCACCAUCCGGACAUGCAGCAGGACGAGCAACUUCACCAUCCAGACAAGCAGCAGGACGAGCAACUUCACCAUCCAGACAAGCAGCAGGACAAGCAACUUCACCAUCCGGACAAGCAGCAGCUGCAGCAUGGCAGUAGUGCAGACUACAACAUUGAGAUAGGACACGUGCAGCAACCGGAGCAAUGCCCUCCAAACCAUGGGCCAGUUCAGAGAGCAAGCGAAGAGACAGUCCCAGCGCAGCCGCUAUCACAAUGCCAAAGUGAUGAUUCUACCGUUGUAGGGACAACACGGACAAACGGGGAACAUGACCCGGAUGACAGUAAAGCAUCAGGGACAGCAAACCUAUACUAGCAAUCUUAGUAGAACUGACAUGCACUGCUCUGCCAUGCACUGCUCAGUUCAGCUCAGUAGCAUGCAAAAGCAUCGGUGCCACACAAUGAUACCGCUGUCACAAACUUGUAACCCGACUAUGCUCUUUGAAGCUUUUUGCAUGCCACAGAUUUGUCACAAGUAAGUAGCGUGAACAAGAAUAGUGUACCUUCCUUGUAGCUUUGGCAUGAUCAUAGCAACUCCCAGCACAGAGCCAAACUAAGUCAUUGGCUACACUGAAAAAUGCUCCAGUCUCUCCAAAUCUUCGUAUCAUCAUGGAUAUGGUUUCACACUUGAGUAACGUGUUGGGAGUUCCAGACUAGAAUACUGUGGUCGUGCACAGUAGUCACCGCCCGUUACUCGCACAUGGGACGUGUGUGUGUGUCUGUUUGUGUGCGUGUUGUGUGU